AUGAUUCCACUUGCUGAGUUAUACUGUCCUUGUAACGGAAAAUCAAAGAAAGAAGUGGUGCGAACUAGUAAAAUGAAAACUCCGAUUCAGAUGUGGCACGGAGGAUUUAAUUCAGGAAAAUGUUGGAGAGAAAUGGAUCGAUUUCUUGUUGAAAAUCUAUGUGGAACUUCGGUUGCACUUGAGAUAAAUCGCAUUUGGGCAAAACGGGCUGAUUGUUACGAGUACUCGAGGCAGACGACUUGUGGAACUGAUUUCAUUUCGCAACUUCAGAUUGUUGCUAACUCGAGUCAGUCACGGAACAGAUGCAGAUACUAUGUUGGUAUGGUCGAAAGAUAUACUCAAUCCUCCGAAACUACAUCCUUCACGGAAUACAUUAUAAGUUACAUCAAAACGGAAGAGUUGAAGUAUUUGGAGCCCCAAGAAUAUCAGAAGGACAGUCUGUAUCUACUUGAUUAUCUCGAUGAGAAAACUCGUUUUUCUUGUUUUUCCGUUAAGAGACAACUCGGUCAUUGUUUUUACAAUCAUCAAAGGUGUCAAACGAAUGAAGAAGAUGCAAAAUGUGGAACUGAUCUCAUAGAUUGCUAUCGAAAUAUCACUCCAAUUGAACUGAAAUGCAAGAAUCUUUUGAUAAAAAGCCCGGAUUUCUUUGGUUUUCUUAACAUAUUUCCCUUCUUGUACGACUUAUUGAUGAAAAUGUUGAACGAAGUAUUCCAUCGACUAUUGAGCUAUCUAAUUGUAUCAUUAAUACUCACACCACUCUUGUGCAAACUUUUGUUGGCUUUAAGUGGAAAAUUAGACGAGUGGAGCGAAAAAGUUCAAUCUCAACGAUCAUCAACACAUUCGGACGGAGAGCAAGUUGGAUACAUUGCGACAGACAAUCAGCUUUAUGAUCCUGACAAAACUAAUGCUAAUAAUGAAAAUAGAAACAUGAUGUUCGACACUUCGAGCUCUCAGGAGAUUACGGAAGUUCCAACAGUGAAAAAAGAAGAAGUACAAACAGAAGAUCAGGACGAAAAAGCCGCCGUCUCCGUUUCGACACAAGUGAACGGAGACGAAUUGGAUCUAGUGGAGAAACCUGUACCAGAAAAAGCAGGAAGGAAAAAUGAGAAAAAGGAAGAAGAGAAAGAGUAUAAAAAAGAAGAACUGGCAUUUCUGGAUUGUUUGCAAACUCUUAUUUUAUCAGUCAUCAACUUACUUUUAACUUUUGUUUGA